AUGAGUAAAAUCCAGACAAGAUGGGAUUCUGACCCAGAGGAUGAACAGAAACCUCAAAGACAGUCACAUCGAUCUAAUGUACAAUCCAAACGAACAAAGACAACUCAUCACUCUGAUACUCCUCAUCCACCAUCUGCUUCACAUAACUUAUCCCCAAUUCCACCACGAAUUUUACCCAAAGCUCCAUUCUUUCAAGGCUGUCGUAAUGUCGACCUUUACGAAAAACUCAACCGUAUUGAAGAGGGCUCAUAUGGUAUAGUUUAUCGUGCUCGGGACCGCCAAACUGGAGAAAUUGUUGCUCUAAAGAAACUCAAACUACAAAAAGAAACAAACGGAUUCCCCAUCACUUCAUUGAGAGAGAUUCAUACACUAUUGAUUGCAAAACAUCCAUAUAUUGUGAAUGUCAAGGAAAUCGUUACUACUUCAUCCAUGUCUGGAAUAUUUAUUGUGAUGGAGUAUCUAGACCACGAUCUAAAAUCACUCAUGGAAGAUAUGCCAUCACCCUUUCUUUUAUCUGAAAUCAAAACAUUGAUGAGGCAGCUUUUAUCUGCAGUAGCUUGUUUGCAUCGCAACUGGAUCAUGCAUCGAGAUUUAAAAACCUCAAACUUGCUGAUGAAUAACCGUGGAAGAAUUAAAGUUGCUGAUUUCGGAUUAGCAAGAAAGUAUGGAAGUCCAUUAGGUCCCAUUACACAAUUAGUCGUCACGCUUUGGUAUAGAGCACCUGAAUUGCUAUUAGGUGCAAAGAAAUACACCACAGCAAUAGAUAUGUGGUCUAUUGGCUGCAUAUUUGGUGAACUAGUCAAUAAAGAACCCUUGAUGCCGGGUAGAGGUGAGAUGGAUCAACUAGCCAAGAUAUUCAAGCUACUGGGUACACCUACCGAAAAAACGUGGCCUGGAGUUUCCGAUCUUCCCCUUUCAAAAACUGUUAAUUUCCAACGGCAAUUGUGUGUUGGCUUAAGAUCGACAUUUCCAUACCUUCCCGAAGACGGAUUGGACUUGAUGUCAAAGUUGCUAAGAUAUGAUCCUGAAACAAGAAUCACUGCCGAAGAUGCUUUAAAUCAUCCCUUUUUUUUUUCCAGUCCAUUGCCUAAAGAUCCGGAUCUGUUUCCCACAUUCCCAAGCAAGGCAGCAGGCGAACGACGGGUAAAAAAUGAUCCUCAUGCACCUCACGCCGAGCAUCAAACUUCCAUCACCGGAUCACUCUUUGACAACUCUUCCUCAGAUGCUGGAGUAGGAUUUCGACUUCGCGUAUAGCCAAUAAAAUUAGUUUAUAGUUGUUUGUUAUCCAUC